CGCGAUCAGUAACCCCGCUAUGAGAUUACCCCACCAUCGCGAUGCGCGGCCCAUUCGUACCCAAGUGCUGUGUACAGUACCUUACUGUAUUCCGUUUCGCACAAGGCAUUUCCGCAGUUGCAGUACUCCGUAUACCGCGUAAGGCAUUCCGUAUCGGGCACUUCAGCCUAAGCGUCCAUGUCUGAGGUUACGGUGCCGCCAAACCAUCAACCUCGAGCCAGAGUCUAGACAUUGUGGCGUCAAGAUGAGCCCCGAGAAAGCGAAGACGGAGAUUCAAAAUCCGCGGCGGAUCCUCGCCGUCUCUUUGGCCGACUCGGCGCAGCACCUGAGCGAUGUCAUCAGAGACCUGACCGGCACCCGCCCCUCGCCCGCGCCCCAAGCCCCCGAGGAUGACGGCGGCGGUGGCGGUGACGGCGGCGACAACAACGGCAGCAGCAGCAGCAGCAGUAGCAGCAGCCAAGAUCCUAAGGCCGAGACAAAUGAAGAUACCAUAGCAGGAACGACCCAUCCCCUCCCACUGUCGACGCCCUACUACACCGCCUCGGUGCCCAUCUGGCUCGACCUGGUCGCGUCGCCGGCCGAGUGGUCGGCCGCCUUCCUGUCGCCCGAGGCCAAGGAGGUGCUCGAUGUGCUGGGCGGCGUGCUCGUCGUCUUUGCGCUGCCCCCCGCCCGCGCUGCUCCUCUACCGUCAUCAUCAUCAUCAUCAUCAUCAUCACCACCACCACCACCACCAUCAACAACAACUUCUUCGUCCCCAUUUUCGUCCCAGGAGACGGCACGGGAGAGAGCCAGGGAGCUGAUCACGCACGUGGGGAAGGUGGUGAGGGAGGGGCUUGGGGGCUGGGAGUGGGACGGGGUCGGGUUGGCGGUGGGGGUCGGGCCCAGCGCGCGGGGUGGCGGCGGCGCCCUUGGGCAAGAAGAGGACGACGACGGCGGAGGAGGGGAGCUGGACGAGUGGGAAGAUCUCUGUGCCGAAUCCGGGUUGGAGUUUGUCCACGUCGCAAGGGCCGGUGCGCAGCCCGGCAACGGGAAGGGUGCGGGGGAAGAAGACAAAAGGAACGAGUUUGGUGAGCGGGUGGGCAUGGCGCGCGUGUUGGAGGCGCUCAAAGCCAAUGAUUGGUCCGGCGCGGGGACGGGGAACGGAGGAGACCUCGGAGAGCAAGAUGAUGAAACCCGCACGAAAGGGAAGGGUGAUCAGGAGGAUGAAGAUUUUGACGAGUUUGACCCGGAAAAGCUCGACUUUGGAUUUGACAAGGAGGAUUUUGUCGGGUUACGAGAGGCCAUUUUGUCUGGUGGUCGAGGCGGUGAGGGGGCAGGUCCCGGAGGAGAUGCCGGGGAUAAUGAGGACAUUGGCGAGGAAGAUGUUCAACAGCUGGAACGGCUAAUGCUGAAGUUGCAGGCCGUAAGGGACGCGAGUGCUGGGCUGCCGGAGGAGCACCGAAAGAGGAUGGCAGCACGGGCAGUUGGGGAGGUCAUGAGGGAGUUGUGAUUAGGAGGAAUGCGCCGUCUGCCCAUCCGGCGUUUGCGACACUUCGACAAAAGCCAGAGCCGGUGAGAAAGGUUUAAUAAACGACAGGACGACAAGAGAUGACUGUAAUG